AAGUCAUGUAGCCUAGCAGUAGUUUCCUCUCUUCAUGACAGUACACUUCAUUGCUCAGUGGAGCCCCAGUUAGAGACAGAUAUGAUCCCUGCAGUGAUAUUGAUCCUUUUAAAUGUUUGCAUGCUUUUGUCCUUCGAGAAAAACAAUAGUUGAUUUAAAUGGCUUUUGACAGAUUUCAAAACGCUUCCUUGAAGAACUUAGGGAGGAUACACUUGUGCUUCGUCGCCAAAAGAAGGCCAUGGAGGAGGGGAGGACCGUCUUCCGUUUGUCUACUAAUGAACUGACACACUCCUCAACCACUAAUCGUGUUCUGGAUAAGUGGUUGAGGAGAAAAGGCUCAAAAUAUCAGCGUCAAGUUAGGCCUGGACUAAAAAUGUAAAAGAUGACUGGUUAUGAUUUGAUGACAUCACUGGUGAGAAGUCAGCGAUAAAUAGGCAUUCAGUUAAUGUCGUCCUCCGCUGUGGUGCCUGUAUGCCUUCUAAUGUCCGUGUUCCAGAUUGGGAAGAGACAAUAUUGAUGACAUAUUUCGUCUAUCUAUGGUUAUAGAAGUCUAGAGACACACAAAAACGAGGAAUUACUAGAAAAGCUUGGCCUAUACAGAGAAGCCAUUCCUUAACCGUGGAACUUCAUAGAAACCCCCUAGCGGUCCAUUGACAGUGAAUAGAUUCCCCCCUUCCUCUCGCGAGCUUUAUUACCGUGCUGUCAGAUACGUGGCCACGGGCCAACAAGUUGCACAAUUAGCAGCAGGGGAGUUUCUAAACUCUCCGCUCCUUCCAAAGACAAUGACAACCAGAGAGAGUUUAUAGCAUAGUCGGCGAGUUGGCAUUAACUUUGUCACUUUUAUAUAACGUCAAAGACCUCGCCAUAACAUAUUGGCUUGUUGGGAGCAGUUGGAGAAGCCUAGACAUCACUCUUUAAUUUGAGUUUUUACGCGAUAUGGAAUCAUCCCUGGAGUUUUCAAACUCUUUCACCAGUGUGUCUUCGCCCUCCGCGCGGUGUCGGAUCUUCAAGAUCAUUGUGAUCGGAGACUCCGGUGUCGGUAAGACCUGUCUCACCUACCGGUUCUGUGCCGGUGAGUUCCUCGACCGAACCGAAGCCACCAUCGGUGUCGAUUUCCGUGAGAGAUUGGUCGAGGUCGAAGGCGAGAAAAUCAAACUCCAGCUAUGGGACACGGCGGGUCAGGAGCGUUUCAGGAAGUCUAUGGUCCAGCAGUACUAUCGGAACGUUCAUGCUGUUCUCUUCAUCUAUGACGUCACCAGACCAGACAGCUUCAGAGGCCUGCCAGCCUGGAUAGAGGAGUGUGGACGGUACUCACUGGGACAGGAGAUAACCAGGUUCCUCGUGGGUAACAAGAGCGACCUCCGUGACACCUGCAGCUGUGACCCCAGCUCCAUCAAUGUCGAAGGUCAGGUGACACGGGAUCAGGCCCAGAAGUUUGCAGCGGCCCACGGGAUGAUUCUGUUUGAAACGUCUGCUAAAAGCCCCCCUGGAGAAGGAGAACCAGGAGGGGGGCAUCAGGACAGCGUAGAGGACGUGUUCAUGGCCCUGGCCUCCAGGCUGAAGAGACAGACCAGACCCCCUCCCCCGCUUCUCAACAACACAGGAGUGUCUGGCUCCUAUUGUGGGUCGUAUUGUGGGUCCUAUACAGGGACAGCUUCAUUCAGACUGCCAGCCAAGAAGAACCCUCAGAAAGACUUCUGGACAUGCACCUGUUGAGGGAGGCAGGGUGAGAAGAGGGAUGGGACAUGGGAUGGAAGGAGGAGGA